UGAAAUUAGAAAGCAGAUACAUCUAAAGCAGAACAAAAAUCUUCGCAAUUUCAUCUGAUCUGUUUUCGGCGCAAUUAACGUUAAUUUUUUUUAUUGGAUUUCUUCCGAUUCCGGCAUCAUGAGUUUCAUCUUCGGAAAGAGGAAAAACCCUGCAGAAAUCGUGAGGGAGAAUAAGAGAAUGCUGGACAAAUCAAUUAGAGAGAUAGAACGAGAGAGACAAGUUUUGCAGUCACAGGAGAAGAAACUGAUUUUAGAGAUAAAGAAAAGUGCCAAACAAGGCCAGAUGGGAGCUGUUAAAGUGAUGGCAAAAGAUCUUGUUAGAACUAGACAUCAGAUUGAAAAGUUUUACAAGCUCAAAUCGCAGCUCCAGGGUGUAUCCCUCAGAAUUCAAACUUUGAAAUCAACACAAGCGAUGGGUGAGGCAAUGAAAGGGGUGACUAAGGCAAUGGGACAGAUGAACUUGCCAUCAUUGCAGAAAAUCUUACAGGAAUUUGAGUAUCAGAAUGAUAGGAUGGAAUUGAUUACAGAGGUGAUGGGAGACACAAUGGAUGAUGCUUUUGAAGGGGAAGAGGAAGAAGAAGAAACAGAAGAACUGGUGAAUCAGGUUCUUGAUGAGAUUGGUAUCAACAUCAACCAAGAGCUUCUGAAUGCACCAUCAACAGCUGUUGCUGCUCCAGCUGCAAAGACCAAAGUGCCUCAAGUUGAAACUGUUGGGGAUGAUGCCGCCCUAGAUAGCGAUUUACAAGCAAGGUUAGACAAUUUAAGAAAACUGUAAUCUCCAUUCUGAGCAAGGGACUCCAAUUUUUACUUGUGAAGGCGGAGCUCAUUUUUAACAUGCAGUGUUAUUUAAAUUGCCUGUGUUCAGUCACUGUUGAUUCACUCCUUCUAUGGUUGUACUUUUUUCUUACUAGUUCUGUAAGUUGUUCAAGCUGAAUUCUUCUGUAAUGCUUUGUCCAACAAUUUCUA